GGAGGGGAGUUGCUGCUAAUUAGGGCGUGUAAAAAAGAGCAGUACCUUCGUACAGCACCAUCAGUUAGAGAGUAGGUGUUAAACAGUGUUCUGUGACCAGGGCUAACAACAGACAUGGCAGCUGCAGAUCCUCUACUUGCUUGCUGUCUGGUUUAGUGAGGACGGUAUGGAAGUGAUGGAGCGACUUAUCUAUUUGUUCCGCAAGUUCAGCCAACUCAAAGUUAGUAAUGAAGAGUAUGUCUGCAUGAAAGCCAUCAACUUCCUAAAUCAAGAUAUCCAGGGCAUAAGCAGUGUCUCCCAGGUGGAACAACUGAACAAGCGAUACUGGUAUGUGUGCCAAGACUUCACCGAGUACAGGUACCCACACCAGCCGAACAGGUUCCCAGACCUUAUGAUGUGCCUACCUGAGGUUCGCUACAUUGCUGGAAAACUGGUGAAUGUGCCUCUGGAACAACUUCCACUGCUAUUCAAAGCCUUUCUUCACUCGUGCAAAACUAGUGUAACCAAGGAGUGAGAGAGAUGCUAAAUCAGCGUGGAAAUUGCAUUGAGGCUACUUGGAUCAUUUAAAGAAGUGAGGGAGAAAAAAAGACUGUAUCAGCCCAAAAAAAUGGGAACAAAAAAGGAGGAAAAAUAUUUUUUUUCUUAUAUAUUUAUUUCCUGACAGAGUUGAAUGUAUUAUCUUCAACACGGGUGCACAAAUGAAAAACAAAUGCAGAUUCUUGCAUUUCAUUGCUGUUUACAUACAUAUUUUUUGUCUUUUUUUUUCUAAAACACCUUUUUGUGGACAACUUUUCUGCAUUGCAGGCGUUACAUGUUACAGUGUUGCCUUUUUAAUACAAAUUUUGUAAUUUUUUUUCUUUUUCAAUGAAUUUAGAUUUAUUUUUUGUGUGGGAGGAAGGGUAAGAAUUAUUUUGAUAGUGUUGGACAAAAACUACCUCAAUUUUGUGUUUUGUUAGAAUUUUUUUUGUACUGUAGACAAUAUUGCUUUUGAUCAGAAAUUGGGCAGUGAUUUGACUAAGGGAAUAGGGAAUCUACUGUGUUUGGCUUUGCAAUGGGGUCCUCUUAUGCUCCCCAUACACAGGCUGAUGUAAGUUGCAGACAGAUUAAGUUUGCAGUUUAUUGCCCAGUGUAUGGGGCCCUCCAGCAGGCUUUCCCAAUUGAUAUCUGGACAAAAGUCGGAUGUGCGGUUUAAAAAUCCUGUUUGAUCGAGGAAUGCAUUGGUUCAUUGAUGCAAUUCCCAGUCCAACUGCCAGUAUUCUUCUUGUUAUGAUCCAACAAUUGGAUCAGCCUGAUAUUACUCACCUAAAGGUGGGCAUUUUGGGGAGAGAUCCGUUUGUGUGGCUACCUCUCCAAACAAGCGGAUCUCUGUAUUUAUGGCCAGCUUUAGUCUUGCUGCUGCUUUGAAGUAUUUCUUCAUGCGUUUUUGUGUUUCUUUUAAAUACUGGAUUUUGGACAAUAAUUAUUUUACUAACAGCUGGGAAAAACACCCAAAGACAAUUGUAACAUCAGUCUGAAUGCUGAGCUAAAUCUAUUUAUAAUAGCUGCAUAUUUAACUAAAGGCCAACUUAAUUUGUUUUAUCAAUUACAUUUUUUAGCUGCUUUAUUUUCCUCUUAAAUUGUUCUUAAUACAUUUGAAAUGAUCAGACAAAACAAUAAGAUAAAUAGUAAUAUAAUUAAUGGAUGAAUUCUGAAUAUAUAAAUAGUCAUUUUAAAAUAUAUCUAUAAAAUAUCCUUUACUAAGAAUAUUUAUAGUAGCCGUGCUUGGUCCAAACCAUUAUUGAUAUAUUUGAAAAGUACAAACCAACAAUUCUUUGUUAGGGGAACAGAUAGCCUGUCUUCCCAUGAAUCAGUGUGCACACUGUCAGG